AUGGUCUGCAUCAUCGUGGAUGCGAUCAAGCCAGCCGGUCUACAAGAGGCAGUUAAGGAGGAGAUCGCAAUGCAUCGCAACAAGACAUUUAGGACGGACGUUUUCAAGUUCGUGCGGUGGCUUCGGGAGUACGCAACUACCUACCAGAUGUUCGUCAAGCUGCGACCUGAAGACUUCAACCCCUCCAAGGGGAACAAACCUAACGCCGGUGCUGUACGCGCCUGCGGCGGGUCCCCGAAAAAGAGCCCGGCACCGUCACGAGGAGCACCGGCGUCGGGAGCGACACCUCGGGGAGGUUGUCUCAAGUGCGGCUCGUUGGGCCAUAUGGUCCGUAGCUGCCCAAAGGCAACCCCCGAAGAAGCGUCCGAACUUCUCCGUAGCAACCGGGGAGGCGGGCGCGGUAACGGACCCGGGCGAGGUGGUAAUGCCGGGGGCAGAGGACCCAGCAGCACCCCGAACCGUGGUGCCGGUGGCGAUGGCAGCCGGGACCAAGUUGCCAAACAAUUCAAUGCACUCAAGGUCCCAGCGCCGUCGACAUCGACCUCACCGCUCGAGUGCGUCGUCGAGGGUGUCCUACCCACAUCCCUGCUCGACUCGGGGUCCGACACGUCCGUCGCCUCGCUGGGACUUGAGACCGCUUACUCGCAGCGGGAGCUAGUGUGGUGA